GGGAGGGGGCGUACGCGGGGCGGGGCCGGAACGACUUUCUCUGGGGCCGCGCCCCGGGCGGGCGCAGUUACGCGCCGCACUGGUCAUGGCCGCGCUCGCGCUGGGGCAGAUCUGGUCCCGGAAACUUCUCCCUGUCCCUUGGCUUCUGUGGGGUCUCAGAGGAUGUGCCUCCACCAACUUCAAGGCUGCAGACUUGCAGCUGCAAAUAACGAAGGAGCCACGAAAGAAGCCCAGCCCCAGCGACUCCCUGGUGUUUGGGAAGACGUUCACCGACCACAUGCUGAUGGUGGAAUGGAAUAGGAAGAAGGGCUGGGGCCAGCCCAGGAUCCAGCCCUUCCAGAAUCUCACUCUGCACCCAGCCUGCUCGGCCCUCCACUACUCCCUGCAGCUCUUUGAGGGCUUGAAGGCGUACAGAGGCCAGGACCAGCAGGUGCGCCUCUUCCGGCCCUGGCUCAACAUGGACCGCAUGCUGCGCACAGCCCUGCGCCUCUGCCUGCCGAGUUUCGACAAGGUGGAGCUGCUGGAGUGCAUCCGUCGGCUCAUCGAGGUGGAUAAGGCCUGGGUUCCCAGGGGCACCGGCACCAGCCUCUACGUGCGGCCCGUGCUCAUAGGCACCGAGGACUCGCUGGGUGUCAGCAGCGCCAGUCAAGCCCUCCUGUUUGUCAUCCUCUGUCCUGUGGGCUCCUACUUUCCUGGAGACUCGGUGACCCCUGUCUCUCUCCUGGCCGACCCGACGUUCAUCCGCGCCUGGAUGGGUGGCGUUGGUGACUACAAGGUGGGAGGGAAUUACGGGCCCACCGUGUUACUGCAACAGGAGGCACAAAAGAAGGGCUGCGAGCAGGUCCUCUGGCUGUACGGGCCUGACCACCAGCUCACUGAGGUGGGCACCAUGAACAUCUUCAUCUACUGGACCCAUGAGGACGGGGUGCUAGAACUGGUGACCCCCCCACUGGAUGGCAUCAUCCUGCCUGGAGUAGUCAGACAGAGUCUGCUGGACCUGGCUCAGACCUGGGGUGAGUUCCGGGUGGUGGAGCGCAAGAUCACCAUGAAGGAGUUGCUGCGGGCGCUGGAGGAGGGCCGGGUGCGGGAAGUCUUUGGCUCAGGCACCGCUUGCCAGGUCUGCCCUGUGCAUCGAAUUCUGUAUAAAGACAAGCACCUCCACAUUCCCACCAUGGAAAAUGGGCCUGAGCUUAUCCUCCGCUUCCAGAAGGAGCUGAAGGCGAUUCAGUAUGGAACAAAAGCCCACAAGUGGAUGCUCCCAGUGUGACGCUGGGCCGCGCCGACCCCUUCAGAUCAGCUUCCAGCCCGGCCCCGCCUCCGUACCGCUGACUCUCCUGAAGUGCAAUAAGAGGAGGCCCGGGCCGACGCCUGGCUCUCUGACGCCCCCACGUGGCCGCUACACUCCCAAAGUCACACAGGCCAGAACCAGGCAUUUUGGACCCUCGCUCCGCAUCUUGGGCUCCAGGAAUCAGGUACCCCUGGCUGCGGCGUGUCGUGGGGGUCAGGGAAGUGCCUUGGCCACGGCUCCACAUCUUUCCGUUCUCAGGCCGGACCCGGUGCUGCCGUUGGUUAUUUUUCUCUCUGUUCUUGCUGCAAUUUUGAAAUAAAAUGCCAAAGAACAAGA